ACCACUGAGCUACCAGCAGUCUGUCUUUCAGUCUAGGGCUAGGCUACAAAACCGCAUUCUUAUGCGCAAAACAUGCGCAGCUGUGAGCGCAAAAUAAAUAGUUCCGCACACAGACCCAGAGAAAAAAAGUUCUCAUGCUGGACAGAACACCACCCUGAGUACCUAGCUAACGUUACGAGGAUUGGGAGCACGCCAAAGACAGCUAACGUUAACUGGGCUUCAUCAAAUCUGGAGGUCCUUUUAACCUAAUAAGAUUUGCUAGCCAAGCGGCGAGAGAAAUUGCAACUUAUAAUGGCCUCGGAAGAGCUUUAUGAGGUUGAGAGAAUUGUGGACAAACGGAAGAACAAGAAAGGAAAGAUUGAGUACCUGGUGCGCUGGAGGGGCUAUGGCUACGAGGGGGACACCUGGGAACCCGAGACGCACCUCUCUGCCUGUGUGGAGUUCAUUCACGAUUUUAAUCUGCAACACGGCGAAAGACAGAGAGACAGUACUUUACUGCGCUCCACUCGAAGCACUCCCAGCACGACCCACAGUUCGAGAAACAACGCCCGCAAACAGAUCUGCAGGCCUCAGCCACACAGUGGCGCAGGAAGCCAUGCUCUAGUAAAACCCGGGAAUGCCUCUUCCCCCACCGCAGCAGCUACGGCCAUCUCGAAACCGUUGCCACCACUUGACCCUGGCGUGGCACACACUAGAACGAAUAUGCAGCUUAACUUGAGCCAAAAGUACAGUGUUUCGGCCACCGGUGACAUUUGUAGACCUGGCUUCACAAGCGGGCCUGCGGCUUCUCCGGUGGGCACGGUGCGUCGGAGCAUGGACCUGGCGAAGUCCGGGAUCAAAAUCCUAGUACCCAAAAGCCCCAUGAGCAGCCGGGCGGACUCUGAGUCGUCGCCUAGCGAGGCGGCCCACUGUCUGGAGCAAGGGGGUCAGGAGCAGGACUCUGUGCCCCCAGAGGUAGCCCUUUUGGAAAAGCCUCCAGGGUUGUUGCUGGGGCCUGGGGAAGAAAGAGCGCGCAUGGGGACCCGGCCCAGGAUUCAAAGCCAAAGCCCAUUAAUUCCUCAGCAAGUCCCCAUCACCCCCGCAUCAAUACGCACACUCAAUGGGAAAGGUACAUCAACACUCAUGGAGGCUCUGGCGGCCAAUGGGACAGCUAGCCUGCAGAGUGCAGUGGCAGUAGUCACUGCAGUCUCCGGGGUGGCAGGGAAACGGCGCUUCGAGGAGCAGCGCUCAGUCUUCGACAAGCGCCUUCGGUUCAGCGUCCGGCAGACUGAGAGUGCCUACCGCUACAGGGACCUUGUCGUCAAGAAGCAGGAUGGCUUCACCCACAUCCUCCUCUCCACCAAGUCCUCGGAGAACAACUCACUUAACCCCGAUGUGAUGAAGGAGAUGCAGAGUGCCAUGGCCACGGCGGCGGCAGACGACAGCAAGCUGGUCCUGCUGAGUGCCGUGGGUAGCAUCUUCUGCUUCGGCCUGGACUUCAUCUACUUCAUUAGACUGCUCACCGACGACCGCAAGAAGGAGAGCAUCAAGAUGGCUGAGACCAUUAGGACAUUCGUGAACACAUUCAUCCAAUUCAAGAAGCCCAUCAUCGUAGCCGUGAAUGGACCUGCAGUGGGCCUCGGAGCCUCUAUCCUCCCGCUGUGUGACGUUGUCUGGGCCAACGAGAAAUCCUGGUUUCAGACACCCUAUACCACCUAUGGACAGACACCCGACGCUUGCGCCUCCCUCACCUUCCCUCGCAUCAUGGGCGUGGCCUCGGCCAAUGAGAUGUUGCUGAGUGGGCGGAAGCUGACAGCCCAGGAGGCCUGCGCUAAAGGCCUCGUGUCCCAGGUGCUGUGGCCCGGGACUUUCACUCAGGAGGUGAUGGUUCGCAUUAGGGAGCUAGUCACUUGUAAUUCAGUUGUCCUGCGGGAGUCCAAAGCACUGGUGCGAAACACAAACCGGGCCGCCCUGGAGCAGGCCAAUGAACGUGAGUGCGAGGCGCUGAAGAGAGUGUGGGGCUCUUCGCAAGGGGUGGACUCCAUCCUCAAAUACCUGCAGAAGAAGAUUGAUGAGUUUUAAGGAAAGCACAUAUUCCCCCUACGUUCUCAAAUAACCAGAAAAACAUGGCACUAGCAGUGCAUGGCGUUCAAUCUGUAGCCUCUCAAUAUCCCACCAUCCCUCUUGCAUGUAUGAGAGUACAGUGCAUUCGGAAAGUAUUCAGACCCCUUGACCUUUUCCACGUUUUGUUACGUUACAACCUUAUUCAAAAAUACAUCGAUUUUAAAAAAAAAAUCU